GUGAGCGCCACCGCCCUCCCAGGUCUCUGCUCGCCCGGGACCGUGGGGACCGGGAGUCAUUGCCGGGUUGGCCGGAGGGCGGGCAGGAAAGAAAGCUCAGACUUUGCCGGCGGGGGGUUGGGUGUCGGAGUUCAGACAGGUUCCGAGGCUCUCUGGCUGCACGGAGUUUGGUGUGACAGGACCGCGGGCUUGUUGGAACUGGUCCCCGCACCCGCCCUCGCUCCGCUCGGCACCUCGCCCCGGGGGUGCGGGCGCGGAGGGGGCCGGACGGAGCUCGCCGCGCCGACCUGACGCCGGCAGAUACCUCUUGCUGCUGCACAAAUGGACAUUUGACAGUGCUGUUGUCAAGCACUUGCCAGCAUGGAGACUUCGUCGUUGCUGUCCUCAUUGAAUGAUGAGUGUAAAUCUGACAAUUACAUUGAGCCUCACUACAAGGAAUGGUAUCGUGUAGCCAUUGAUACGCUGAUUGAACAUGGGCUAGAAGCAUAUCAGGAAUUUCUUGCCAAGGAGCGAGUAUCAGACUUUCUAGCUGAGGAAGAAAUUAAUUAUAUUUUGAAAAAUGUCCAGAAAAUUGCACAAAGUACAACCCAUGGUACUGACAAUUCCUGCGAUGAUACCUCAUCUUCAGGGACUUAUUGGCCCAUUGAAUCUGAUGUGGAAGCUCCAGACCUCGACUUAGGCUGGCCAUAUGUGAUGCCGGGACUCUUAGGGGGUACCCACAUAGACCUCCUCUUUCAUCCACCGAGAGCACAGCUACUUACAAUUAAGGAAACUAUUCGGAAAAUGAUAAAAGACGCCAGAAAGGUCAUUGCUUUAGUGAUGGACAUGUUUACAGAUGUGGACAUUUUCAAAGAAAUAGUGGAGGCAUCAACUCGAGGGGUAUCUGUAUACAUUCUGCUCGAUGAAUCCAACUUUAAUCAUUUCCUAAAUAUGACUGAGAAGCAGGGUUGCCAAGUUCAACGUCUCAGGAAUAUUCGAGUGCGGACAGUAAAAGGCCAAGAUUAUCUUUCAAAAACAGGAGCCAAAUUUCAUGGAAAAUUGGAACAGAAAUUUUUAUUAAUUGACUGCCAGAAAGUUAUGUAUGGUUCUUACAGCUACAUGUGGUCAUUUGAAAAAGCUCACCUCAGCAUGGUUCAGGUCAUCACAGGACAACUGGUUGAGUCCUUUGAUGAAGAAUUCAGGACACUCUAUGCCAGGUCCCGUGUCCCCAGUCAGUUCGCCCAGGAAGAAUCAGCCAGGGUGAAGCACAGCAAAGCUCUGUGGGAGAACGGCACUUACCAGCGCUCACUCUCGUCCUUGGCCUCUGUUUCCAGCCAAAGAAACUUUCUUGCUAGACAAGACCAAAUCCAUAACCUAGAUGCUGGUUACUUCAAAAACAGAGGGAUAUACGCUCGGAAUGAACAUGACAAAUAUAGCAUGAGGAAUCCUGGAUACAAACCUCAUUUUGUUCCCAACUUUAAUGGUCCAAGUGCAAUCCGUCAGUAUCAGCCCAGCCAGAAUGAAAAUUGGAAGAGGCACAGUUAUGCCGGGGAACAGCCGGAAACGGCGUCAUACCUGUUGCUGAACAGGACCGUGAAUCGAACCAUCAAUCCUCCUGGUAACUGGAAAAAGCCUUCAGAUAGUCUGAGUGUGGCAUCCUCGUCCCGGGGAGGCUAUGCGAGCCACCAGGUCACCCCUGCCCAGAGUUUUGGCAAUUGGCUUGCCCAGAGGAAAACAACGCAUCUUGCAGAGAGGAAUUCAAAUGUGCGGAGGUCUUUUAAUGGGACAGAUAAUCAUGUUCGCUUUUUGCAACAACGAAUGCCAACCCUUGAAAAUACCACAAAGUCAUUCCUGCGUAACUGGAGGAUCGAAUCCUACUUAAAUGAUCAUUCAGAAGCUGCACCUGAUUCUAAUGGAUCUGCGCUUGGUGACCGGUUCGAGAACUAUGGCAGCUCUGAGAACUUGAAAGCCAGUGCCCUGUAUACACAUCCGCGGCUUCGCCCCUCUUUAGUGUUUAAACCAACUUUACCUGAGCAGCAAGAAGUUAAUAGUUGUACAACUGGCUCUUCAAAUUCAACUAUCAUUGGUUCCCAGGGAAGUGAAAUACCCAAGGAAGUCCCAGAUACCCCUACAAGUGUAGAGCAGUUGACGGAUGAACCCUUGCCAGAAUCCAUCCCCAAGCAGGCAGAGUCGCCAAAAAUGCACACCUUGCAGACUCCCGAAAACCACUCAGCAGUCUUAAACCAAACUACAGAUGGCCAUCCAGAGUCAACCAACUAUUUAUAUACAAACUUGUGUGUAAAUAAGCGGACAGAAAACCUAAAGAAUCAACAACAAAACGAGAAUCUGCUUAAAAGGCGAAGUUUCCCAUUCUUUGACCACUCAAAAGUCAAUUUAGACCAUGGAAAUAAUAAGCAUUAUGUUUAUAGUACACUUACCAGGAAUCGAAUUAGACAGCCUGCAAAACCCAAAGAGGAUUUGCUGAAAAGUUCUAAAAGCAUGCACAAUGUGACCAACAGUGUGGAAGAGGAGGAGGAGGUGAUCCAGGGAGACCCUCCGAGUGGCACAGCUACCAAGUCCAUUUCCAUCGCUGCUUUGCUUGAUGAGAAUAAAGAGGAAUCUAACAAAGACCUCACUUCAAAGAAAGAAGUUAAGGGUUCCCCAAGCUUUUUGAAAAAGGGAUCUCAGAAGUUAAGGUCAUUACUUAGCCUGAGCCCAGAAAAGAAAGAAAAUUUAUCCAAAAAUAAAACAUCUCCCUUUUAUAGAAUGUGUAGUAGUUCUGACACUUUGGCUUCUGAGGCUGAAGAGAAUCAAAACCCCAAAAAGUCAGAACCGAAAGUUGAGUCUCCCAGAAGAAAGCGUGGUUCCUCAUCAAACUCUCAAGGCAGCCUCCACAAGAGUAAGGAGGAUAUAACAGUGAGCUCCUCUCAGGGGAGAAAUUCUCCACCCGAUGAAAGUAAUGAAAUACUGCCUUCUCCAAGUCCAGUUGAAAACAAGUUCUUAGAAAGGCCAGGGGAUGCCUCUGCCCCAAGAUUUAACACGGAACAGAUCCAAUACCGAGAUUCGAAGGAGAUUAAUCGAGUUGUUGCUCCUGUAAGAAAACCAGCUCUUCCUGUCAGGUCACAGCCCAAUGAGCUUCUAAGAACUCAGUCCACUGACCGGCGCAUUUACAGUCGUUUUGAGCCAUUUUGUAAGAUUGAGAAUUCUAUUCAGCCAACAAGCAGCAUGUCAAAUAGCAGUAUACACCGCCGAGAAAUAAAAUCCACAACUGUGGGCAAUAGCUAUGGUCGGUCCAGCCCAAGGCUUGCUUACAACACUAAUGUUUACCACACAUAUCAGCCAAAUGAAAACAAGUUUCGAGGAUUUAUGCAAAAGUUUGGAAACUUCAUAAACAAAAAUAAAUGAAGUAUUGUCAUUGCAAGUAGAUAUUAAAAUACAAAAUGAAUGUGGCUAUGGUGAUUUGUCCGAAGAACAUUGUGGACAGUUUUUGUAAAUGCCAAUAGAUUUCUGUGAGGCAGGAUUUGGGGUAUGAUGUAUAUUUUUACCAACAUACUGUGUACAGUAAAGUUAUUGUUUAUGAUAAAGUUAGUUGUGCUUAAUUAUGCCACCAAUGGACUGUCUCUAUAAACACAUAAUGUUUAAAUGGUAAUGGUAAAAAAAAAAGUAAUUGUUUUCUUCAGAAUGAAGAUCUUCUUAAGUCUUAACUAGAAGCUUUAGUGGAGAGAUGGUGCAUGGGUUUUAACCAUUUAUUGCAAAGUCAUUCCUUUUAUAAAAGGAUCCUAGUAAUCUCAGUGGCCCACGUCUUUGUGGGGUUUUCAUAACUUCAGAUUAUGAGAAAAUAAGACAAAGCCUUUUCUGUUUUAAUUGCCUUUAAAUUUUACAGGAUAACUUGUUAUAUUUUAUUAAUGUUGUAUUACUUUUUCUGUGGGGCAUAUACCACUGGUGGGUAGCACAAUAAUAUUUAAACUUUAUAGAUCAGCAUAUUUUUUAUGUUGCCUGAGGGUGUUUGCAAAGUUUCAGCCUCAUGUAGCACAAGUACGUCUGAGGAAUGUGCCUUCCUUCCAGGAUGUGCUUCUGCCCACCCUUUCCGGGGAGCCUGGACUUCCCUUAUCCAUCAGCUGCUCAGCUUUUAUAGUCAUUUCUUCUUUCAAACGAAGAGCAAGGCCGCAGGAAUUGAAAAGCCUGAUGUGCCCCUCCCCUUUAAAUACUUUAAAAUAAACUUUUAGAAACAUAAA